UCUGAAACUUUUCGUCCCUGCUCAGCUCUGUCUGUUUGUGGGGGUGUGCGUGGUGUGUGUGUGUGUGUGUGUGUCUGUGUGUGUCUGUGUGUGUGUGUGUGUGUGUGUGUGUGUGUGUGUAAAGAAGGAUAUUUAGACCUUAAGAGAAGGCGAGUGGGAGGGAGAGAUUCUGGGAGAGAGAAAGGAAGAAAUUAAAAAGAGGGAAUGGAAAGGGAGAGGGAGAGGCAAGGAGAAAGGAAGGAGGGACGGCUGCUUUGUGGCUGCUAAGAUUGCAGACAGAAAUAGCACACAACCACCGUGAGCUGAUGCGACUCGGAAACCAGGACCAAAUUAUAUUCACUUUCAUUAAUCAGUUUCUCCAAGAGAAGGAAAUGACAUCUGGUCCCGUCUUCAUCUACAUCUUGAUUUUUGGAAACUAUUUUGCUCCUGGGAGUGGGCAGGAUGUCACAUGCGCCCUGGGCUACUUCCCCUGUGGGAACAUCACCAAGUGCUUGCCUCAGUUGCUUCACUGCAACGGUGUGGACGACUGUGGGAACCAGGCUGACGAGGACAACUGUGGAGACAACAAUGGAUGGUCUAUGCAACUUGACAAAUAUUUUGCCAAUUACUACAAAAUGACUUCCCUGCAUCACUUUGAGGCAGAGACAUCUGAAUGCUUGGUCGGUUCUGUGCCCAUGCAAUGUCUUUGCCGAGGUUUAGAGCUUGACUGUGAUGAGACCAAUUUACGAGCUGUUCCAUCAGUUUCUUCAAAUGUGACUUUAAUGUCACUUCAGUGGAAUUUAAUAAGAAAGCUUCCUCCUGAUGGCUUCAAAAAGUACCAUGAUCUUCAGAAGCUGUGCCUGCAAAACAAUAAGAUUAGGUCCGUAUCUGUCUAUGCCUUCCGAGGACUGUACAGUCUCACUAAACUGUAUCUCAGUCAUAACAGAAUAACCUUCUUGAAGCCAGGUGUUUUUGAAGAUCUCCACAGACUAGAAUGGCUGAUAAUUGAAGAUAAUCACCUCAAUCGAAUUUCCCCACUAACAUUUUAUGGACUAAAUUCUCUUAUUCUCCUAGUGCUGAUGAAUAACGUUCUAACCCAUUUGCCUGACAAACCUCUUUGUCAGCACAUGCCCAGACUGCACUGGCUGGACUUUGAAGGCAACCAUAUCCAUAAUUUAAGAAAUUUGACUUUUAUUUCCUGCAGUAAUUUAACUGUUUUGGUAAUGAGGAAAAACAAAAUUAAUCACCUAAAUGAAAAUACGUUUGCACCUCUCCAGAAACUAGAUGAAUUGGAUUUAGGAAGUAAUAAGAUUGAAAAUCUUUCACCACAUGUAUUUAAGGAUCUGAAGGAGCUCUCACAAUUGAAUCUUUCCUAUAACCCAAUCCAGAAAAUUCAAGCAAACCAAUUUGAUUAUCUUGUCAAACUCAAGUCUCUCAGUCUAGAAGGACUUGAAAUUUCAAAUAUCCAGCAAAGGAUGUUCAGACCUCUCACGAAUCUCUCUCACAUAUAUUUUAAGAAAUUCCAAUACUGUGGCUAUGCACCACAUGUUCGCAGCUGUAAACCAAACACUGAUGGAAUCUCAUCUUUAGAGAAUCUCUUGGCAAGCAUUAUUCAGAGAGUAUUCGUUUGGGUUGUAUCUGCGGUUACAUGCUUUGGAAACAUCUUUGUCAUCUGUAUGCGACCUUAUAUCAGGUCGGAGAACAAGCUGCAUGCCAUGUCAAUCAUUUCUCUCUGCUGUACCAUAACCUCUUGGGUAGUGAUUUUUAUACUGCCUAUCAACAGUGCUUUGAACCCAAUUCUCUAUACUCUGACCACAAGACCAUUCAAAGAAAUGAUCCAUCAGUUUUGGUAUAACUACAGACAAAGACGAUCCAUUGACAGCAAAGGAAGUCAGAAAGCCUAUGCACCAUCAUUCAUCUGGGUAGAAAUGUGGCCCCUGCAGGAGAUGACUGCUGACUUAAUGAAGCCGGCUCUUUUCAAAGACCCCUGUGAAUUAUCACUAAUUUCUCAAUCAACGAGACUCAAUUCCUAUUCCUGACUGACUCUAAAACCCAUUUCUACACAAAGAAUAUUGUGAGAUGCUUCGUGGUGGAUUUAUUUGUAUACAAUAAAUGCCGCAAAUAAUUUAUAACAAUGGCUAAGAUUAAUUAGCUGACAAGGACAUGAGGUUAUUUGGGAAAAAUCAAAGUGACUGAUGCCCAUAUAAACAGAAAUAAAUUAUAUUGAUAAUUUAUGUAUACUAGUACACAUUUUGGAUAGGAAAUUAAGAAAAAUCUGCUUAAAAGAGGUUCAUUUAUUCUUCUACCAUGCAUUUAUUGAGUACCUUCUAUGUGCAUGGCACUGCAGUAAAUUCAUAGGAGUAGAUAGUAUAGAAUUUUCUCAGUUUGCAAUGUUAAAUUGUAUUUAACUUUGUAGAAUAUGCAAAGUCUAUCUGCAGCUCAUAGUUUAAGGUAGAGCUCAAUCUGUCUUGCUUAACAGCAACCAUGAGAAUGACGGACAAUUUUAAAUAAAGGUUUGAGGUUUUGGAAUAAUCAGUAUAAGAGCUUCAAAGAAAAUGUCUGUUUGUAAUGUAUAGGUAUUUUGUUUUUAGAAUUCAGCUUACUUCUCUUCAAGUCUCCAUACACUUGCGAGCCAAAACACAUAUAUAUUGCUAUGAAAAAAAGACAUUCUAAUAUUAACUCAAAACAGCACCUCUCUGUCCCCUUCUGCCCACUUAUCUUUUUGUUUGAAAUGAACACGGUUAUUUGGAAUUAUAAAAAGAGAAUUAAAAAAUUGUGAAGGAGUGAGUCAGAAAAGCUAGAAUGAAGACAGACACUUAGAUCAGUGGAAUAGAACUGAGAGUCCAGAAAUAAAAUCCUCAUAUUUACAACCAACUGAUUUUUUUUUUAAAGAUGCCAAUACAAUCAAAUGGGUGAAAGAACAGUCUUUUCAAUAAAUGAUACUGGGAAACUGGAUAUUCACAUGCAAAAUAAUGAAGUUGGACCCCUACCUUACACCAUAUACCAAAAUUAACUCAAAAUGAACCAAUAAUCUAAGUUUGAGACACAAAUAUGUUGGAAGAAAAUAUGUGGAAAUUCUUCAAAACCUUGAAUUUGGCAAUGGAUUCUAGAUAUAACAAGAGCAAGAGAAACAAAAGGAAAAAAAUGGAUGAAUUGGACUUUAUCUAAAUUAAAAACAUUUGUGUAUUGAAAAACAGUAUCAAAAAAGUGAAAAGACAACCUUCAGAAUGGAAGAAAAUAUUUGCAGGUCAUGUAUCAGAGAAGGGAUAAUAUCCAGGAUAUAUCAAGAACUCUUAGAACUCAAUAAAAUGGAUAAGCAACCCAAUUUUUUUUAAAUGGACAAAGGACUUGAUAGACAUUUCUCCAAAGAAGAUAUACAAAUGGCCAGUAAGCAUGCUCAGUGUCACUAAUCAUUAGAAAAAUGCAAAUUAAAACCACAAUGAGAUACACUUUACACCUACUAGGGAAGCUGAAAUUUAAAAAUAAUAAUAAAAACACAGAAAAUAAAAAGUAUGGGCAAAGAUGUGGAGAUUGAUUGCUGGUGGGAAUGUAAAAUGAUGCAGUCAUUGUAAAAAACUGUUUGGUGGUUCCUCAAAACCUCACCAUAGAAUCUCCAUACGAUACAACAAUUUCACUCUCAGGUAUAAACCCCAAAGAAGGACUCAGAUACUUGUAUGCAAAAACUUGUCAUAGCAUUAUUCACAGGGGCCAAAAGAUGAAAACAACCCAAGUGCCCAUCAAUCAUUGAACAGAUAAACCAAGUGUGCCAUUUUACCACACACGAUGGAAUAUUAUUCAGCUACAAAAAAAGGAAUGAAGUUAUGACACAAAAGAACAUGAUGACUAAGCCAGGCACAAAAGUUCACAUAACUGUAUGAUUUAAUUUACAUGAAAUACCUAGAAUAAGCAAACUCGUAGAAACAGAAAGUAGAUUAGAGGUUACUGGGGUCGGAGGGUUGGGAAGGUGGUGCUUAAGAAAUACUGAGUAUCUUCUUGGGUAAAAACAAAUUCUCCAAUUGAUUGUAGUGGUAGAUGAACAAUUCUACAAUUAUACCAAAAGCCGCUGAAUUGUACACUUCAGAUGGGUGCAUUUAUGGCACGUGAAUCAUAUCUCAAUAAAGCAGUUAAGGAAAAAGAAAGUAAGAGCUAGAAUGCACUGAUUUAGGAACUGAACUUUAGGGGAAAAGAUCUGCAUGUUUUACCCCAUAGCACAUGUUUACUCUAUGGCAAAAGUCAAAGUCAUCAAGGGAUGGAUUUGCCUUCUGUUCAUGUGGUCAGCCAGUUUGUCGGAUCCUAACUUUUCAGCUAGUUGUUCCAAUGCUCUCUGAGCUAUUGACAUUUCUUGCUUUCAUAAUUUGAAAACUUUAUACAGGAAUGUUUUCAGGUAGUUUUAAAUACACCAAAAAUGUUUGAAACAUGAAAAUACUGGAAUCAAAUAUAGCAAAUUUGUUGAAUAUACAAUUGUAUAAAUUUCCUUUGAAAGUAAACUACUUGAAAUUUAAUUCUGUUAC